AUGGCAUCUCCCAAUUAUGGUACGAUAAAAGAAGUUCAUGUGCUGCUUGUGGAUAACGACAAAGAGUUUGUGACUGAGAUGAUUAAUUUGUUGAAGUCCUAUGACUAUAAAGUUACGACGGUUAAUACAUCUUCAGCAGCAUUGUCAAUGCUUAUCAGAGAAAAACAAAAAUUUGAUGUCAUUAUAAUCAAUGAUCAUUCAUCAAACAUGCUUUCUUUGGACCUCUUAGCUAAGGCUGUGGCCAUGGAUAUAAUUUCAGUCGUGAUUUGUGAUAAAUACAAUGAGUUCGUAGCAAAGAAGGUUUUGAAUGAGGGAGCUUAUCUUUACUUUGAAAAUUCAUUUGAGAAGGAUAUUGUGAAAUACUUAUCAAAAUUUGUAUCGAGGAAAAAAACACAAAGGCAACAAGUGGAAGAAGGAUCAGAAAUAAAUAUAUAUCAAAACAAUAAUAUUAUUGGAGACAAUGGAGAAUCCGAAGAGAGACAAAAUGUCUCAAAUACUACAAAUCAAAGAAAUAAUAUUGAUGAGGCUGGAAAUGAUGUGGGGUCGAAUGGAAAAUACAAGUUAACAAAGAAGAGAGAGAGAGAAAAUACGAAUGAGGCUGAUCAAAGAGAACAUCAAAGUAGUGAUUUUAUUAGGAGAAAAGCUUGCCUAGUUUGGAAUGACGAUCUUCAGGCAAAAUUUAUAAAAGUUGUACACCAAAUUGGGAUAGAAAGAUGUCGCCCGAAAAAGAUAUGGGAGCAGAUGAAUGUGCUUGAUAUUACUAGGACACAAGUGGCAAGCCACUUACAGAAUUAUCGUCUCCACUGGAAAAAUUCAGAAAAGAAGAAAUCUACUCGUCGCUCAUCAGACCAGAGAUUCUCAAAUAGUUCUCAGCAAAUAAGUAGCUUUCAAAAAUCUGGGACUAUCCCUUCUCUUCAAACAAAUGAAACAAAUCUGCAAGUUCACUCAAAUCGAACCCAAAUAGUGCCAGAGUUUCCAUUUCCUAAUCUCAAGACUAAGAAUACUUCUUUUGGAGGAGAGAGUUCAAUCCAACAACUUUAUCGUCCACAACUUCAUGCUCAACCCUAUUACUCCACCAUUUGCAAUCCAUUCAAUGACUCGUCUCAGUGGACCAAAACUUAUUUUGCUGGUGAGCUGCAACAACAACAUGGACCCUUACUUGAUGUUUUGGGUUCACAAGGACUACAAAUAUCAAAUAUUGAGAAUACUAGUUCUAAACCUACCAUGGCGUUCAAUGGUGAAUAUCAUAAUAUUCAAAGUUAUUACAACAUGAAUCACAAUGUGUCCCAUGGAGCAUCAUAUUUGGGUAGCAAAAAAAUGUCCAAUGAAAAUGUUGGGAAUGCUAUAACUAAUGACAAAAACUUGAAUAUCAAUGUAGACAAUGUGACAACUAUUUUAGGUAGCAGAUUGAUACCUGAUAUACACGUUGGAGAUACAUCCACUAAUGAAUUCAGUGCAAUAGAGACAAAUCCAAGCAAUAUUGUGGUGGCAAAAAAUGAUCAGACAGAAAUUCAUGAAGAAAGUGAUUCAGAUGAGAAUCAUGAUUGUGAUGCAUAUUUUGAUUUCGCUAAUAUAGAUUAUCUCUCCCAGAAUCUUGAAUCUCCGAGUACUGACCCACCUAGUGAAUAA